AUGGAAGCUGUCUUCCUGCUACUUUGCAAUGGUGCUGAGGUCAACAUGGAGGGAGGGCGAUAUGGAACAGCGCUCCAGGCGGCAUGCGCAAACCAUGGUGCCGAUGUCCAUGUUCAAAGUGGGUAUUUUGGGAGUGUCUGGCAUGUUGCGGCUGCAAUACCCGCCUGGAACCGUCAAGCCCACGCAACGUUAAGGCUGCUGCUCAAGAACGGUGCUGACGUAAAUCAUUGCCAUCGUGAAUUUGGGACUGUUCUACAGGUUGCAGUUGAGCAUUUGACAAGUGAUGUAGAGGAUAGGAUCCAGGUUCUCCUCGAUAAUGGCGCUGAUGCGAAUCUCGGAGCCGGUCUCUAUGGCUUUCCAUUGCAAUCGGCAUGCCUAGCGCCUAGAGACUACCCGACCCAACGCCUGAACACCGGCGGCCUCGUCUACCUAGUCGACAACUGCGCUGACAUCGACGUCAAUCAGACAGGGGGCCUUUUCGUUACGGCCUUACAGGCAGCAGCGCACGAAGGCAAGACAGAGGGUGUCAUCAAGCUGCUUGAGAAGGGCGCGGAUGUCAACCUUCGCGGCGGAAGAUACGGAAGCUCACUCAAUGCGGCUGCAGUCAAAGGAUACUGGGAUAUCGUCGAGAUACUGUUAAAGGCUGGGGCCAAGGCAGACUGCUACUUAUUCUCUGAAGUUGAUGAGGAAUGGCUAGAAAGGAUUGCUAAGGAAGACGGAUGCAAUGCUGUGGAGCGGUAUAGGAACUUUUGGGACAAGGUUAAGUGGUAUGAGAAUGAGUAUAAAGAAGCAGAAGCGAGCUAG